AUGUUAGGUGAAGAAAAGAAAGAUUAUAAAUGGGUAUCAACCUUACCAGAAAAUGAAUCACUUGUUACUGGUCUUCCAGACAGAGUUAUUGUUAUCACUGGUGCUAAUACUGGUAUUGGUGCUGCUGUUGCAAAAGGUGCUUUAGAAGCUGGUGCUAAAGCUGUUUAUAACAUUGAUUUAAGAGCUCCUCUUGAAGACAAUGAAUUCGCUGCCCUUCAAAAAGCUUACCCAGGUAAAGCUCAUUAUCUUAAUGGUGAUGUUACUAAAUUAGAUACCAUUGUUGCUGCUUUUGAUAAAGUUAUAGAAGCUGAAGGUACUUUAGAUGGUGUUGUUGCCAAUGCUGGUAUUACCAUCAGAAAAGGUUCUUUAGAAUAUACUCCAGAAGAAUGGGAUCUUAUCAUCAAUGUUAACUUAAAAGGAGUUGUUAAUACCGCUAAUGUUGCCAUUAAAAACUUCUUAAAAUUAGGUAAAAAAGGUUCAAUUGUUGUUACUGCUUCAUUAGUCGCUCACGGUACCAACAAAGCUGCUCCAUCAUUACCAUACCAAGCCACUAAAUCUGCUAUUUUAGGUGUUGUUAGAGGUUUAGGUUGUGAAUUCGCUUGUCAAGGUAUUCGUGUUAACUGUGUCAGUCCUGGUUAUAUUAGAACUGCUUUAACUACUUACCCUGAUACUGAUCCAUUAUGGAGUACUAAAUUAGAUAUCUGGGGUGGUAUGCACAGACUUGCUGAACCAAGAGAAUUAGCUGGUACUUACGUUUACUUACUUUCUGAUGCUUCAAGUUACACCACUGGUGUUGAUGUCAGAGUCCAAGGUGCCAUUGAUGCUUGGUAA